AUGCCAAAGCAGCGUGCGUUGAUAGUGCUGACGGCUAGUGUGAAAGACCUGAGCAUCGAUCCGCGCCUUGAUUACCGGACGGUGUCGGCAAUCAAUGGCCCGCUCGUCGUGCUGGAGAAUGUCAAGUUCCCGUCGUACAAUGAGAUCGUGUCGCUGACGCUCCCGGAUGGCUCGCGCCGUGGUGGUCAGGUGCUGGAGGUGUCGGGCAACAAGGCUAUUGUGCAGGUGUUCGAAGGCACGUCGGGCAUCGACGUGAAGGAGACGCAUAUUGAGCUGACCAAGUCGUCGAUGAAGCUGCCUGUCUCCGAAGACAUGCUGGGACGUGUCUUCAACGGCUCCGGAAAGCCCGUCGACAACGGCCCCCGUGUGUUUGCCGAGGACUAUCUCGAUAUCAACGGCUCGCCGAUCAACCCCUUCUCGCGGGCGUACCCCGAGGAGAUGAUCCAGACGGGUAUCUCGACGAUCGACACGAUGAACUCGAUUGCGCGUGGCCAAAAGAUCCCGAUCUUCUCGGCCUCCGGUCUGCCGCACAACGAAAUUGCGGCGCAGAUCUGCCGACAGGCUGGUCUCGUCAAGAAGCCAGGCAAGGGUGUGCACGAUGACCACGAAGAUAACUUCAGCAUUGUGUUCGCCGCCAUGGGUGUGAAUAUGGAGACAGCGCGUUUCUUCAAGCAAGACUUUGAGGAGAACGGCUCGCUUGACCGUGUCACGCUGUUCCUGAACCUGGCCAACGACCCCACCAUUGAGCGAAUCAUCACGCCUCGGCUGGCACUGACGACAGCCGAGUACUUUGCGUACCAGCUCGAGAAGCACGUCCUCGUCGUGCUGACCGAUAUGACGUCGUACGCCGACGCGCUGCGUGAGGUGUCGGCGGCCCGUGAGGAAGUGCCCGGUCGCCGCGGCUACCCCGGCUACAUGUACACAGACUUGUCCACGAUCUACGAGCGGGCCGGACGAGUCGCGGGCCGCAACGGUUCGAUUACGCAGAUCCCGAUUCUCACCAUGCCGAACGACGAUAUGACGCACCCGAUUCCUGACUUGACAGGCUACAUCACUGAGGGCCAGAUCUAUGUCGACCGGCACCUGCACAACCGCCAGGUGUACCCGCCGAUCAACGUGCUUCCGUCGCUCUCGCGUCUGAUGAAGAGUGCGAUUGGCGCCAAGCACACGCGUGCAGACCACGGCGAUGUGUCGAACCAGAUGUAUGCCGCGUACGCUACGGGCCGUGACGCCGCCUCGAUGAAGGCCGUCGUGGGUGAAGAGGCGCUGAGCAACGAAGACAAGCUGACGCUCGAGUUUAUGGAGCGCUUCGAAAAGGAGUUUGUCACGCAGGGCGCUUACGAGACGCGCACCAUCUUUGACUCCCUCGACCUCGGCUGGUCGCUCCUGCGGAUCAUGCCGAAGGAGAUGCUCAACCGUAUUAGCCCGAAGAUCAUCAAGGAGUACUACUCGCGUAAGGCCAAGUCGUCAGAGGACGACGAGGAAAAGCCUAGCGCCAAGGACCAGGAGUAG